AUGGUCUUGGAUAUUAGCUCUAUUCGUUCUUCUUCUUCCUCCUCUGUUUCUCCCAUCAACUUUUUGCCUUCUCUUUACAACUCCAAGAAACUUGUUCUUUCACCUGCCACCCAAAACAUACUUAAAACAAACGAUAGUCACACCAAAUUCAUCAGCAACAACAACAUUAAUAAUAUAUCCAAUAAUCAUAAUAAAAAUGAUUUAAAGUUAUCUGAUUUUCAAAUAGCUAAAGCUAUCAGAUUGAAGUUGGAUAGUUACAAGUCCUUUGAUUUAGAAGACGAUUUAGAAUAUUGUCCUAUUUUAUCGUUUUAUCCCCCACAUUUUAAUCCCAUUAACACCAUCGAUAUUACUAAUUCUACUAAUGUUUCUAACACCACCACUAAAAAUCCUAAUACUCUAAAGGGUAGCAAUAACGACAAUAUCAUGGGUAACAACUCGAGAGUUGUUUCUUCAGAAUUUUCUUUAUCUUCUCAAUUUCCAUCUGACUCAUCUAACUCAUCUAACUCAUCCAGUUCAUCUAAUUCAUCUUCUCCAACUAGAUCUCUUUAUAAUACAAUUGAUUACAACUCAACCUCAUUUAAUACCAAUCAAACUCAAAAUUACACUUAUACCAAUCAAAAUUCAUCAAGUUAUAUUUGUAAAAAUGAUUUUAUUACUAACAAUAAUAACAACAAUAAUAAUUCUCCUUCUUUUAAUUCUUCAAAUAAAAUUCAAUCUCAAUCACCUUCUUUUAAUCCAUCUAAUAAUAACAAUAUUAACAAUAAUAAUAUAUCUCCUAUUAACAAAUUCAACUAUUUAAAUAGUUCUAAUAGAUAUUCUCCAAAAUUAUCUGUACCAAGUUAUAAUAAUAACAAUAAUAGUAAUAAUAAUAACUAUAAUAUUAACACUAAUUAUAACAACAAUAACAAUUAUAGAUCUUCAAAUAGAUAUUCAAAUUAUAAUUAUUCAUCUAACGAUUAUAACCAUAGAUAUUCUAAUUCUAAUUCUAAUAAUUAUAAUAAUCAUAUUAAUCAUAACACUCAUAACACUCAUAAUAACUACAGCAAUUAUAAUAAUAGAUAUUCCUAUAAUGUCAAUUCGGCUUCCAUUGCAAGAAGAAAACUUGAUGAAAUCACUUACAAUUCUCGUUAA